AUGCCACCUGAGUUGCCACCGUUGGCAAGCCCACACAGCCAGUGGCGAACACUCGAAGGCCAGGUGUGGGAGACUGUCCAGAACCCAGAUCUGUUGGGAGCAACUUCAGAGUUGGUUGCCCACCUUCUUGAUCAGGUUGAGCAGGGCAGCUUAGGUUGGUGGCUGUGCCAAGAGAUCUUGGCCCUCCAACGUUCUUUUGACUUGACUUUGCUCUUGCUUGUUGCUCGGGGCUUUGAAGUUUUGUGCAAAUCGCAGCCACAGGGGCACAGGCAAAUGCGAGUCACAUCUUGCAACAUCACUUCUUGGAGGCCAGAAGUCAAGCAAUGGUUUUCAGCUCAAGGGGAUGUUAUCUUGAUUCAGGAGCACCAUCUUUUGGAGUCCCAAGUUGUUGCUGAAAUUUCGUCUAUGGCUGCCAUGGGCUUUGACUCCUUCCUUGUGCCCGCAGCCCCUGGGGAAGGCCAGUAUACCAACCAAGGUUGUGGCUACGUGGCGGUGACGCUACGCACACAAGGGGCUGACUUGACAGUAGUUAGCCUGUACCUCCAGUCUUCCUCCGGCUUCGGGUCCCCGGUCAACUCUGACAUCCUUGCAUCUCUGCGCGCAAUUCGUCAAUCUGUGAGGGGCCCAAUCCUGAUAGGUGGAGACUGGAACUCGCCUUUGAAGGAUUUGUUGGACACUUCCAUUUUUCAAAGUUUGUCCCUGGAACCAAUUGGGCCCAACGAAGCCACCUGUGGUGACAAUGAGCUUGAUUUUCUGGCUGUAUCACACUGCCUGGAAGGUUUGCUCCGGGUUGAUGCCUCCUGGGAUGUUCCUUUCAAGCCACAUGCAGCAAUCCAAGUUGCCCUUAAUGUGGGCGCUUUCCAGCUCACCACUCCACAGCUUCCCUCCUUUGUGCUUUCCUUCAGGGAAGAACCGCUUGAUUACAUACAGGUUGAGGAGACCCUCGCCUCUUUGCCAGAUACCACCUUGUCGGCUGACCCCCUGAGCAAUCGACUGGCUUCCAUUUCCAGUUCGGUUGAGCGCAGUCUUUUGCAAUCGUCCCAGGGUAUUGGUCGCCAACUCCAAGUUGAAUUCCUCCAGCUGUUCCUCGCAUGUCCCAGUUCGCAUGGGAAGGAGUAUUUGCCGCAGAUCCUGGACCACUGGCAAGGCAACUCGGAGGAGGCUGUCUCCUUUCUUUCUACGCUCCAGGCCUGUCUCUCGGAGCAGGCUGCUGUUCCCGAGCCCGUCCAGCAAUUAUUGCAGGAGCAAUUUCUGCUGGCCUCUAAAGUUCACCAGGAGGCCCAGACCAAGUCGUACAGGUCGUGGUUACAGGGAGCCCAAGAAAAAGGGAUGGCUCCCCUUUUCAAGACGAUCAAAAAAGGUGAAAUAACCACUGCACGUCCCUUCCGGGAUCUGUCCGCAGAGGUUCGCGCCCUGGCUAGAACCAAACUAUGGCUCCGCACUUGGAAAGGCGUACUUAGAGUUGAGGACCUUCCUCCUCUUCCACACGUAGAGCAACAGGCUCGCGGGAAACUACGGGAACUGGCUGCUCAGCAGGUAGCUACCCUGAGCCCCAUUUCCCCGGAACAGCUGCAACAAAGGUUCUCCAAAGGCAGGGUCACUGCCCCAGGACCGGAUGGCUGGAGCAAGUCCCUUCUCAAGAAACUGACUUGGCCAAUGCUUCAGGACAUCGCUGAAUUUUAUCAGGAGCUCGAAAGAGGCCUCCGAGUCCCGCAGCAGUUUCUCCUGACACAAGUUUGUAUGCUGCCCAAAUCGGCUACGGCUGAGAGACCUAUCUCUUUAACUCACGUUUUGUGGCGGGACUACUGCAGAGCCAGGUGGUCCCUGAUCCAAGAGUGGACGGUCUCCUACCAGGCCCUGGCUCCUUGGGAUGCCGCAGUGCCAGGUCGAACAUCUCUAGACAUCGGCAUUCGCCGGUUGCUGUGGGCCGAAGCCUCCCGAACUCAGUCCAAACACUUUGUAGGACUCUUUCUUGAUAUCAAAGGCUUCUAUGAUUGUGUAGUUUGGGCCUCGGUAGUCGACACCGGACUCCUGUUGCAGUUCCCACCUUUGCUUUUGGAGCUUUCCCUUCAAAUUUAUGGUGGGGACCUUCAGGCUACUGGCCUCACUCACAACAUCGACCAGUGGCUGGAUGACAUUUCGGCUGAUGUGGUUUCCUUGGAGAAAACCAAGUUUCUUUGCUCAGAUUCUGCCACCUCUCAAGUUCUUGCGCUUGCCACCUCUCUGGGCAGGCACAAGAAGGCGCAAGGCCGCCACAAGCUUGCUGGAGUGAAGAUUCCGAGUGUGCCGGGACAAAGCUGGGAUCAGAAACUCUCUGAGGCGAGGGAAGCAGCUUUGGCAAAGUGGCUAGGGAUUCUUGAAAGGUUCCCCGACGAUUUCGGUCUUUCUUUGUCGAUUCGGCUAGAUAAGGAGAACGGGCGAGACUCUGACUUGAAGUCGUCUUUGCAAGAUGUGUUUUCUCAAAAGGCGAGUGUCACGAUCUCAGGCCGUGCUGGGCCCCUUGCCAGGUACAUCAAGCACUGCCGAAGUUGCCAGGUUGUUCCUUUCCCUGUCACUGAAGCAGGGAUCUAUGCUUUCCUACAGGAUUAUGCAUCUCACGAGGCGCCCACUUUCGCCAGGAGUUUCUUGAGCAGCCUUGCUUUUGCAAAGUUCACUGUGAGCUUGAAAGUGAGUGAUGAAGUCUUCAGCCCCAGGGUCCGUGGGCUGUCGUCGAAGCUGUAUCUUGAAAAGAGGAAGACUCGGCAGAAGCCGUCGCUCAAAGUUGAUCAUGUGCGGAAACUGGAGGCCAUCGCUUCCGGCUCGAUCGUGCUAGAGCCUUCAGACCGGGUCGCUGCUGGCUUCUUCGUGUGGACCUUGUAUGCACGAGCGAGGUACUCGGAUGCCCAAGCUGCAGGUGCAAUGACUUGUGACUUAAGCGACACGCCGGACGGCACAGUCGGAUACCUGGAGUCCGCUGUUGAGCGAAGCAAGACUUCGUUCUCUCUGGAAAGAAAGGUCAGGUAUUUGCACAUGUUUGCUCCCAUCCAAGGUAUAGGUGAGGUGCCCUGGGGUGUCAAGUGGUUUGAGUUCUAUAAGGAGCAUGGGCCUCCUUUGGGGUCGGGCAAGCGCUUGCUUCCGAGCCCGCUCUCUGGCGGAGGGUGGCAAACAUCGCCGCUGGCGGUGGCGAGUGCCACGAAAUGGAUGAAGUCACUCUUGAUCCGUGCGGGUUGUGACAGGUCUUCCGUUGAACCGCUUGGGACGCAUAGUCUCAAGGCAACGACCUUGAGUUGGAGCGCCAAAUUCGGACUAUCCCGUGAGGUGAGAGCGGCCCUAGGCUACCACGCCAGGGGCCGUGAUGGGACCGAGCUCAUCUAUGGGAGAGACAACAUGUCUGCUCCUGUGCGCCAGCUGCAAGGGGUUCUGCUCGAGGUGUCGCGCGAAAGGUUCAUGCCGGACGCCACCAGGUCCGGUUACUUCGUGAAGCGCUUUGAAGAUCCAGAGGGGAUGCCCAUUCCUCCUGAGGAGGUCUUGUCGGAAUCUUCUUCCGAGGCCAGCGAGGAUGCCGAGGAUGUCGAUCAUGUAGCUGCGGAGGCGGCCACCGACGAAUUGGGAAGGCAAUGGGAGCCCGAUGCAGGCUUGCGUGCCGAGCUUGAAGCAGAGUGCAGUGAAAAGGAGUUUCUGAGCCACGAGGUGCGGAUUCGAGAGUGUUCUGAGGACUUUCAGCAAUUUGUAGGAGUUUCACUAGCUCGGUUCCUGCUCCUGACGAUGGCUAACUACUCUGAGAGUCAAUCGGUUCUGCAGUCGCGAUUGAGUGUCGUGGGUUUCGCAGAAGAUGACGUUCAGAAAAUCCUGCCAGAGGUGGGAAACUUGAGGAGGUUGGCGUUCAUUUCUUCUUUCACACCUGGUCAGACUGACGAGGGGCCGCUGAUGCAGGUGUUGAAAGACAUUCUGAAGCGAGACUUGACAAUUGCAGACAAGGCUAAUUGGCGUGCGGUUUACAAUGAAGCUUUUGCCAUUGUGACCGCGGAAAUGAAGCAGAGGAUUGAGAAGGCCGACCCAGAGUCGACCGUCAGGCCUUUGUCUCAGCCUGAGAGGUCUGAGAGGUACGAGCGGCAGGCCAAGAAGCUUGUCGGGAUUUCACUGAAAGGGCCUCUGGAGCCUGCCGAUGCACUUGUUGAUCUUGCUGUGGCUUCCUAUGAGGCAAAUGAGCUGAGGUACAUUCCGUGGGACCGGUGUGUGUCCAAGGAAGCUGAACUGGCUGGCGAGAAGAAACGCGAUGUCAGGUUCACUGUUGAGGAGUCUUCGGGAAAGCUUCGGAUCGAGCACAAACAGCCUGAUCUGGUUGCGGAUACUUCAUCGGAGAUUCUUGUUCAGCAGGCUCUCACCAGGAGAGCUUUGGCCAUGGAUCAGGCGAACCUGAUCGAGUUCAGUGUUGCUGAUAAGUGGACUCAACGCUUGAUGAAGGCCCGCAUGCAAGCGCCUGCGGAGCAUUUUGCCAGGCCCACUUGGAAGCAACUUGAGUCGGCAGAUCGGCAGCUGUUUGCCGAGCUUCGUGAUAAGACCAGGGCAGGAGUGCAGACUGUCGCAUCGGGUCGCCCGUUGGACACACUUCUGCCAGAUGCGAUGUACAUGAACGAAGUGUCAUGUUUAUUGCAACCUUUUCCGGCCCCUGCCCUAAAGGAUGUUCCCCAGAAGCCGGAUGCUCCCAAGUGGGAGAGGCCUUCUCCUUACAACAAAGGUGGAGGCAAAGGAAAGAAAGGUAAGCAGAGGUUCAUGACAAGGUUGCCCGCCGGCCUGGAGGGCUGCAGGUCUCACACCAAUCGUGGUGACCCAAUCUGUUUUGCAUUCAAUCUGGGAGGAUGCCCUACCAAAGGGCAGAAGUGCGAGAAAGGCCUGCACAUUUGCGCAGUGCCUAAGUGCGGUGCUCACAACCAUGGUGCAGCGCAGUGCCCAAAGCGGGCUCAGGGUGGCUCGUGA